AUAAUUCAGAGCUCAGCCAAACAACGGACAUUUCCCUGGUUGGCCCGAAUGUUCGAUGGCAGCACAAAACAAAAAGGGAAAGAAACUUGGGAGGUGGAGAUGAUAAAUGGUAUGGAUUCCUCAAAGUCUUUGAAGAACAGUGAAGACGUAGUGAUGCUGGCGAGACAUUAUGUAUACUAUGAAGUUGACGGCAGUGGAAAACUUGACUAUACACCUAUAGCAUCACCAGAGAAGUUCCUCGCAAAAUAUCUUGGCGGUCAUGGUCCACAAUUGAAGGCAGCGUGGUUGAUUCCAGAGACUACCGGCAAGAGGCUGUCAUCAAUCCCUCCCAUAGGCCGACGCGGGGUAUUCAAUUGGCUCCAGGAGAAGACAAAUGAAGACAAAAAUUAUAGUUGGGGCUUGAUCUAUCUAAGAGUCAUCAAAGAAUGCAGCAAUCUCAUGCGUCUUCGCAGAGCGCAAAUUACGCACACCAAAGGAUUCUACGUUGCCAUCAAAAGGCAACCAAACUAUCGCCAAAAUAUUAAAGAAGACAAAGAUUCUUCUCAAGCCCCUGAGCUGCCUCCCGAUCCGUCAACGUUGCCUCCCGAUCCAUAUUGGACAAGGGCUAGAGAGAUUUCGAAUGCCGACUUUGGUCGUCCUUCCUACUAUGAAAUCCCCUUCUAUCUAUCGGCGCCUCACUCACAUCCAAUCAACGUCCUUAAUCAGAGAUACGAUGAUCCCUAUCAAAGACCUGUGAUCGAGGAAAGAGAGGUUUACUCGAUGGGUGAAAUUCGGAGACAGCCAGAGAGUACCGGUCCUUCAAUGGUAGAAAGAUUAGGCGUAAAGACUCCCCGCCAGUCUUAUUCGACAUAUCCUAGAAAUGACAUCCUAGGUUCACGGGAUCGCGACUAUUAUAUGCCCCCAAGAUUCAGCCGUUCCGAGAAAAAAGAUUUUUCAACAUAUCGCGUGGGAGGACAGCAAGGAUCAGAUGACCGACGACCACUGCAUUCAAGAGAACGCAAUGUGCACUACGAAGAUGACUAUAUACGAUCACCAAGUGACCGUGUAAUCUUUGGAGAAGACAUUAUUCUACAGCCCAGACAGCGAGAACGGGAUCGAGUCAACGUACGGUCUCGAUCGAGAGAACGUAAUCCACUUGGAGCAUUCAAUACGCGAUCGCGCUCAAGAGAGCACAGGUCGCUGGAAGAAAAGCUUAGUCGACCAAGUUCCCGUAGAGUCGUUAUAAGAGAUAGAGAGGGCUCAGAUGAAAGCGACGGCGGCUAUCGUACGUAUAGCGGAGAAGCCGGAAUCACAAGAGCUCACCGCUCUCCCAACACUGUAGAAUUUCUGCCAGAAGAGGGUUUUCCUUAUUCGAAACCGCCGCGGUCGCCACCACUAUCACCACGACGGAUUGAUCCAUAUGUGGGGCUCUCGGAUGAACAGAUUGCCAGACCUGUAAUACGAAGAGCUACUGGUGCGUCUACUGCAGGUAAUGAUGUCGAUGGUGUAGCUGCCAGUGACAGCGAAGCUGAGGAGCGACCAUAUUCUCCUUCGGAGAGUGAAGACGAAACAGCGAUCAAUGGAACGUCCCAUGUUUAA